CCUCCACAGUUGCUACCCACUUGGUGUUUGCUCAAUGCUAUUAUUGUACACGACGAUUCAAUCGGCUGUGGUGAAUUUUUUCCUGGUGGGACAGUAAUUGGCAUGUCACCGAGAUCAUUGAGUCGUGUUUAAUUUUUUGAACUGAGAAUCUGAGGGAGCUUGGAUGUAUGUAGAGGAACAAAAAAUGAUUCUGAUACCAAGUAAACAGAAACGUGACAAAAUGAAGCUCAUUGACAUUGAGAAAGAUAAAGAAACUGAUUCAGAUGAAGACAAAGUUUCCAGUCCCCGGACCCGUGAUCAGGAAACCCAUCCUAGUUCUGACCGUCGCAAAGACAUGGAGGAAGGAUGGGAUGCAGGCAACCUGAAGGAGGAUGAGUUUGAGGAAUUCUGCGUCUACAUUGUCCACGACCGUGCAUGUGAACGCGUGUGCCAGAAUCGAGCUCAAGCCUCCCUCCCUCGCAACCUCACACUCAAACCGUCACAGAGCCAAUCAAAUAAUGCGUUAGGUGUGUGGAGCGUUGAUUACAUUCCACGUGGGACACGAUUCGGACCUUUAGUCGGAGACGUUUAUUCAAAGGAACCGUUCCUCAGAAAAGAAUCGGAUAGAGUUUCCAUAUGGAAGAUCUUUAGUAACAACACUGUGUACCAGUAUAUCGACAACAGCGAUGUGACUAAGAGCAGCUGGAUGCAUUACAUCAACUUUGCGUAUUCGUCUGUCCAGCAGAAUCUGAUCGCUUGUCAAAUCGACUUCAACAUCUACUUUUACACCAUCAAGCCGAUCCCUCCUAACACCGAGCUAAUGGUGUGGUACUGCCGCGAGUAUGCUGACCGCAUCAACUGCCCAAUCACAGGGGAGGAGAUGCUUCAAUCAUGGCGAAGACAAAUGCUGGAACGUCAUCUACCAUUCCCAAAGAGCUUCCUUCCAAUCUGCCCGCCCAACCCGGGCAGUAUGUUUAAGGAGGACACAAGUCCCUCUCGCACAAAGACACCUCCACAUGAGGAGGAACCCCUGAAGGAUGACAGCUGUGACAGUGGGGAAUGUAUUCGGGAGGAUGGCUACGCCAUCGACUACAGCAUCCACAAGCGGGAUGGCAGCCCCACAAGCGAUGACCAAGAUGUGUACCGUAGUGACAGAAACAAGUCGGGCCAUAGCAACAACCUGUCGCUCAACCUGUCGCUGUCUGCGGGUUCCCUACAUUCGCCACUCAAGGUUCCCAAACGUGAGCCUCUUAAGGAGCCUAGUCAUCCACUGGAACCGUUGUCUCUACAAAUGCCUCCGAGCUCUCACGACCUACAUCUUGGUGCAAUCAAAAUGGCUCACAGUACGCCUAAAAAGAGUUCAGGAAUUAUCGAGAAUCUGCUUCUGAAGAAAAUGAAGGAAAAUGGUGAAGAAAUAACUGAUAAAAUUCUCAAAGGAAAUUCGUUAGCUUUUGACUUUAAACCUCCAAUGGACAUCAAACCUCCUGUGUUACCUCCCCUUCCUGCUCACCCAGCUCAUUCUAUUCAUCCAGCUCACCCAGCUCAUCAUGCUCAUUCAGCACAUCUUACUCAUGAACAGAAACCUAAAUCGGAGGAUUUGUCCAAGGAUCGGCCAGCUUCAGACCAGUUCAGUCCUUUUAAUCCAUUCUUCUACUCAAAAUUCUUUCCUCCAAGUCCAAUAAUGGACAAAUCUCCAAUGUCUCCAUUCAUGAACCGACCAGAUGACCAAUACUCAAAACUGAUGUCAGGGAACAUGAGCAAGUUGGGACCGAAUUCGGGACCACCUCUGUACUUCCCGACCCCGACACUUCCGGGCAUGUACCCAAUGAGCCCCAUGAACCCCAUGAACUCCAUGUAUCCAUUCAACCCGUACCAAAGUCUAGCUUGGCAGAUGUAUCCACCUCAAUUCCACCCAAUGGGAAAUCAGCAACAGAUGUCGCCACCGUUCCCCCAUCCUACACAAGCACCUCCUCAUCCUGAUCAAGUCCUCAACCUCACCAAGCCAAAGAAUGAUGGCACGGGUGCCAGAGGUCAUAGAUCACUGCCAUACCCACUGAGGAAACGGGACGGAAAGAUGCACUAUGAGUGUAAUGUAUGUUACAAGACUUUUGGACAGUUGUCAAACCUCAAAGUGCAUUUACGUACACACACAGGGGAGCGGCCAUUUGUGUGCCAGACCUGUGGCAAAGGGUUCACACAGCUCGCUCACUUACAGAAGCACCACCUUGUUCACACUGGCGAGAAGCCACAUGAAUGCCAGGUCUGCGGCAAGCGGUUCAGUUCCACUAGCAACCUCAAGACCCACAUGCGGCUCCACAGCGGGGAGAAGCCAUUUCACUGUAAACUUUGUCCAGCCAAAUUCACACAGUUUGUGCACCUUAAGCUUCACAAAAGGCUGCACACAAAUGAGCGGCCCUACGAGUGUCCUCAGUGCAACAGGAAGUACAUCAGUGCCAGCGGAUUAAAAACACACUGGAAGACGGGCAACUGUAUUCCUCCAGGCAUCAACCUUGACUACAACGCCCUUCUCGAAAAUACACACCAGGGCGCAUUGGAUCAGGAUCGACAGGAACUGAAUGGGGAAAAUAUGUCUCGUGAUAACAUGGAAUACCAUGACAUUGAACAAUUGAGUGCGAGCGGUGAUAUCAAUGAUAACAGUGAUAUGGACAUGCAAAAAAGCAUGCAGGGGGACAUGACGGUAGACAUGUAUCGUCGCCUCCACAGCGUUAGCAGUAGCAUGGUGGGCAGCGAGGAAGACGAGGAGGAAAUGAUGAUGAGGGAGGAGGAAGAAGAAAUGUUACAAAUGAAGGAAACUUUCUCCCCGCAGAACUCGGACAUUGACGCCGACCAAGACAUGCCCAGAUCGUAUGUGAAAUCAUUAGACUAUAAUGCCUCAUCACCACCUAAAUCAGACAGUCCCAGCCCGCGGGGCUUGAUAAGUCCCACAGGGGUUACACUUAGCCCCCCACGGGUUUCGCACAGUAUUGAAGCCAUCACAGCACAAUCAUAAAACCAGUCCGCAAUGUUUAUUUGUUAUUAUCAUCAAUGUUCGUUUUUGUUUUGUCAGAUAUUUAUAGAAAAAAGACGAUCAAAUUUUGAAAGUCCCAAUCCUAUUGAAACAGCUACUGAGGAACAGUCAUUGUUAAUGUGUGAUUGAUGUGUUAACUGUUGUGUCAAGAGUUUACGCGAAAGAGAUUUGUAUCGGAUGUUAGUGAGAUAUGUAUGAUAUUUAAAUAUGAUAUUUAUUUAAUUAAUCAUUUAUUCAAUGAUAAAUUUGCCAAAUUAUGUAUUCAGUGUUUUGUUUAGAUAUCCUGUUUCAGUAUGUACCAAUCGUUGUAUCUCACUUUGUGGUUUAAACAGAGCUUUUCCGUGACCGUUUUUUGCGUUACACUGUAUUGUUUCUGUUUCUGUAAAUCUGUUUUUAAUUGAGCUGGUACUUCACUAUGAGGACAGACUUUGUCCUUACUAUGCUCUCACUAUACCAGUAUGCAUUUACUUCCGAAUCAAAAAUGAAGAUUGUUCCUGAUAAAUUUUUCUUUUUCAGUUUUUAAUGUUUGAUCUUUAUUUGUUUAUUUUUCUAUCAAUAAUUUUAUUGCAUUUCAAUCAUCUUGCAUUUCUUCCUCUCAUUUUCCCUUUUUCUUAAUCAAAUAUCAUUUUGUAAUACAUAUUAAAAGUAUUGUGUAUAAUAGAAAAAAGUUACCGAUUUUUCACAGUAUGUUUCAAUGUUAUUAUUAAUUUAUUUUCUUGGGGACCGAACUUUAACAUAAGGUUAGUGAGAAUUUCAUACUGUAAAUGAGUGUUAUAGCGAUGGUUUCAUUUUUUAUCAAGUACAUUUUUUUUUGUACUGAUGUAUUUAAGUUGAAUUGUUUAACAGUUUUCCUUUUUGCAGUGCCAUAGCUAACACGUUUGAUCAAAUCAAAGUUGUGUGUUUCUUAAUCAUUGAUUGUUUUAGUAUUUAAUGUGAAAUAGCAGCAUAACCAGUGUUUAUGUAUACUCUCCUACAGUAAGGAUACAGUCUAUUUAAAUUGUAUAUUUUCCUUUAUAGCAAGUUUUAUUGCAACUUUAAAGACAUUUUUAAUUGUCAAGAUAGCAAUUAAUCAAAUCUGACUUUACAAAAAUUAAUUUAUGUCUGGUAAAAUAAAAUGGUUUAUGCCAUUAUUCUGUCCAAGGAGUGCAAAUGUAUGAAAAAUUAUUUGCUAUAAAGGAUAAUAGUCAAAGAUCAAAUAUCCGUCCGCAUUACUCUAGUAUUUUUGUUAAAUUUGUAUCGUCAGCUAAUCUCAUAGGAAAUUACAAAAUUUGUACACACAAAGUGUUAGUGGUAGAGAAAUAGGCCUACUGAUGUACUUGCAGCUGAAACAGAUGUUUCUGACAUUAUUCCUAUUGAAGGGAUUUCUUGUUUAAGAUACGAGAAAGAACCUACGAUGUUCAUCUUAUUGUAGAGCUCUCAUAGCUUAACACGAAAAUGGGUUCUGAUUGAAUUCAUCUUUUUUGAAAUAUUUAAUUUCAAAAUGUUGAUGAUAUAAGUUAAAAGCAUUUAUAAAUUACAUAUAUAUAUACCCAGGUAGUCACUUGAGAUUGUAUCUAGUCUAACAGUUUGGUCCUGGUUAAACCAAUGAGAAUGCCUCAUUGCCAGCAUCCUCGUAGCUUUAGAAAUCAUUUAUCUUCAUGCAUGGAAUAUAGGUUUUGUAUGCCGGCGAUUGGUACAUGAGGAAGUCAAGUUGUUCAUCGUUAAGAAUAUGAUAAAUGAUGAAAGGUAAUUAAUUGGUAUAGAGGUAAUCAGUACAACUUGUCAUCUAAACUAUCAUGGUUAUAUUUAGUUUUUAAACUUACUUCUUUACAAUGCAAUGAAAAGUAAACAAUCUUUCAAAAUACUCAUUUGUAUAAUGAACGUUUUAAUUUCAAAUUUGAAAAUAAACCUCAUAAUUUUUUUAAUUUUUUGUUAAGUAUCUAGAUUUUAAUUUUCAUGUGUAAUGAAUCUGAAUCCAGAGCUUGUGGGAUUUUUUCAUAUUUCAUUCUGAUAAAACAUUCAGGUUUAAGUGUUGUUGGGUCUGUCAGCCUCAGAAUCGGAGCUAUCGUCACGAGUAUCAGUGAUUUUUGUAAUGGUGGAUCAAUACCACAUCACAGGUCAUGUUUAUAUACGGCGGUAACUCUACCUGGGCGAUGUGGUCGUACCCAGCAAUUCCGCCUCACUUGGGUACAAAGAAAAGCACUUUUAUUCCGAGUGCAUUAUGAUGACAAUCUAAAUGUAGAGACAAGAAAGGCGGUAAUUGUUCAGAUACUCUGAACUCAGACAGAUACAUUUGCAAUAACUUUAUAAUAUUUACUCAAAUCCGUGCUUCAUUAAUCAGCAUCGUUGUAAAUUGUCGGUCACAAUCCCACAGAAAGCGUCGUUAUUUCAAAAGAGUGAAAUGUAAUCUGGGUCAAAUUUCAGACCACUUUCGGUCCCUGAUGUGUAUAAGAUUCCCAGGUAAACUCCCUAAUGUCGCGUAUGAAAUACACUUUUCCAAUAUUGGAAACGGGAAUUAGUGAAAACCUUUUAUCGGUAAUUGUUUUUAACUGUGGUGACACCAUUAGUGGCUGAAUGGGAGUCUGACAAUCACGCUGAACCAUACACUUGUACAAACCUCUUUAACAAUGAUUUACAUCAUUUCUCUUAUGACCAUGUUAACAGGUAAAAAUGGAAAUUGAAAAGAACUUCUGGUUGUGUUCUGUAUUCACCAUGUUAACUCCUAUUGGUGUUUGAUAAGUGAUGAUUGCGUUUUCCGAUACAGAAGCUUUUGUCCGAGUCUGACAAUCGCUUGAUAACAUUCAUUGUGAAAGUUGCCGACUUUUUUCGGCAGAAUCGUUUUUUGUGAAAUUGACUGGUGUGCCAUACAAGGAUUUUGUCAGUUUGUGCAAUUUAGACUUUUAUUUAUGACAAUACAUCCGGAGAGAAAUGUAAAGGAUAUUAUAGGUGGGUUGUGUUAUGAGUACAAUAAUAAAUACCCACAAAUCACAAAUACCGACACCAACUGUGAUUAAA